UUUUUGUUUUGCAGAAACACUGAUGGACACCAAAUGGGCCACCACUGAGCUCGCAUGGGCCGCACAUCCUGAAACUGGGUGGGAGGAAGUUAGCGGUUACGACGAUGCCAUGAACCCUAUCCGAACGUACCAAGUGUGCAACGUUCGUGAGCUUAACCAGAACAACUGGCUUCGCAGCGACUUCAUCCCUCGAAAGGACGUUCUCCGUGUUUAUGUGGAGAUGAAGUUCACAGUACGAGAUUGCAACAGUAUUCCCAACAUCACAGGAUCAUGUAAAGAGACUUUCAAUCUAUUCUACUAUGAGUCCGACUCGGAUUCGGCCACUGCCACCAGUCCUUUUUGGAUGGAGAAUCAUUAUGUUAAGGUGGACACCAUUGCUCCGGACAAGUUCUUCUCUAUUUUGGAGUCUGGCCGGGUCAAUACCGAGAUUCGCAGCUUUGGUCCACUUUCCAAGGCUGGCUUCUAUCUGGCUUUCCAGGACCUGGGCACCUGCAUGUCUUUAAUCUCCGUCCGAGUUUUCUACAAUAAGUGUUCCACAACCAUUGUCAAUUUUGCCGUCUUCCCAGAGACAGCCACAGGAGCUGAGGCUACAUCACUAGUCAUUGCCCGUGGCACUUGUGUGGCGAAUGCUCUGGAGGUGUCUGUCCCUCUUAAACUCUACUGCAAUGGAGAUGGAGAGUGGAUGGUUCCUAUAGGUUCCUGCACUUGCAUGGCUGGGUUCGAGCCUGCAGUUAAUGACACUCAGUGUCAAGCUUGCAGUCCGGGCACAUUUAAAACGAAACUUGGUGAAGGGUUCUGCUCCCCGUGCCCACCCAACAGCAGGACAAGUUCUGGUGCCGCCAGCAUCUGUUCCUGCAGGAAAGGCUACUAUCGGGCGGACAAUGACUCGCCUGACUCAGGAUGCACCACCGUGCCCUCAGCUCCACGCAGUGUCAUCUCCAGUGUAAAUGAGACGUCACUUGUACUUGAGUGGAGCGAGCCACGUGACCAAGGUGGAAGGGAGGACCUUCUCUACAACGUCAUCUGUAAGAAAUGUGUGCCUGACCGUGGUACCUGCACACGAUGUGAUGACAACGUGGAUAUCUCUCCCCGCCACCUUGGGCUAACUGAGAGACAUGUGACGGUCAGAAACCUCCAGGCUCACACCCAGUACAGCUUUGAGAUUCAGGCCGUCAAUGGAGUCUCCAACAAGAGUCCAUAUGUACCCCACUUUGCCUCUGUUAACAUCACCACCAACCAGGCUGCUCCAUCUGCAGUUUCUACCGUCCACCUGAUGGGGGCCUCAGCCAACACUAUGAGUCUUUCCUGGCUCCCCCCUGAAAAACCAAAUGGCAUCAUCAUGGAUUACGAGAUUAAAUACCAUGAGAAGGACCAGGGAGAAGCUAUUGCCCACACCAUGACAGCCCAGCGUAGCUCUGCACGCAUUGAGGGUUUGAAGCCGGGCACACCGUAUGUUGUGCAGGUUCGAGCCCGGACGGUGGCAGGGUAUGGCCGCUACAGCAGCCCUACUGACUUCAGCACCAACCCCCAGGAGUUGUUCUGUGUGUGGAUCUAGUGAUGAAGUGAACCUCUCAAAUGCUUUACGUCCCACUGAAGCUCACAUCAGGUGCACAGACUUAAAGAAGACAGCUGUCUAUUCCCUCACCAGUCAGUACUUAAGUGUCAAACACCUGUUAUAGUUGAUGUGUAACGCAUGAAUAAAUCAUUUACAAAGCUUUCUGCAUCCCCUAAUCUGUUACAUAUCAUUCCAUCACUUUACCAAGCCUGAACUUUACAUUUUUAA